CAGUGGCGGCGGAGGUGGCGGUGGAGGCGGCGGGGGUGGUGGUGGCAGCUCCUCGGACAUAUCCAAGGAUCACUGCAACAAGACGGUGGACAUCUUCGAGGACAUUAGCUCGCCGGAGGUCAGCAAUCAGAAUGUGGGUCGACCGCUGACCUGCUGGUAUCGCUUCCGUACCCUCAAGGGGGCGCCGCGCGACUUUGUGCUACGUUUGCGGUUCAAGAAGUUCAAAGUGGGACAACUGCUGAAUGCUACCCACUGCGAGGGCGGCUAUUUGCAGAUUGUUGACGGCAACGCCAAGACGGAUGUCUCCAAUCGCCGGGAGCCGGGCAUGUUCUGCGGCGAGGCCGAGCAGCCACAGACAUUCAUCAGCGAGACGAGCUAUGUGAAAGUGCUCUUCCACACGGACAACUUUACGGAUCAGACCUACUUCACAUUCGAUUCACGCGCGGAACAGCAAACCGAAGUCUAUUUGCGAUAUGGCCAGCAUCCGGAGUUAUAUCCAAAUCGUCGCGGAGAAGUGGUACAAGGAUCCUAUUGCGAACGCGAAUAUCGCGAUUGUCGCCUGCAAACCUGCUAUGUCCAAUCACCGGCUUAUCCUGGCCUCUAUCCUCGCGCACUGAACUGUCGCUAUAAGCUGCACACCCGUCAGCCCUACAUCAAAUUGUAUCUUCAAAACGAGCAAUUCGCUGUGGAUGGUCAGAGGUGUGAAAACGUCAUGACCUGCCCGAUCAGGCCAAUUGGAUCGGGCAAUGAGCACUGCCCCUUCGACUGGCUGGCUGUCUACGAUGGACGUGACGAGCACUCGCCGCUAAUUGGCAAAUUCUGUGGCCUCGGGAAAUUUCCGUUCAGCAUAAUUGGUACGUCACAGUACAUGUAUGUGGAGUUUGUAACAUCGCCGGCGGGGCCGCUACUGAAUACAGGCUUCCAUUUCAAUGUUGGCAAUUGGCCAGGACACGUGGAGACAGCCGGCAUUAAGCAUGGGGUCUGCGACUGGCUGCUAAGCUCCGACUCGCUAAAGGACAGCAGUGCCAGCGAGGGCAUCUUCCUGAGCAUUGCCCACUGGUAUCCGCCGAAUACGUCCUGCAGCUAUCACAUCAAAGGACAUGCCGGCGAAAUUGUGCGACUCUAUUUCCCCAGUUUCCGCAUCAAUCGCAUCGAGUCGCCGAUUCUGAAGUACGAGGGAGACUGCGGUGAAUCGCUGACAAUCUACGAUUCGGAUCAUGCCGAUCCUGCGCGAAUCAUUAAGACCUUCUGCGACACGUUCUCGCGGCCCAUGGAGAAGGUGGAUUUUGUGAGCACCAGCCCCUCGCUGUACGUGCAAUUCGACUCGAAGACGGGCAGCUAUAGCGGCAGCUCACUGUACUACUGGGCCCACUAUGAUUUCUUCAACAACACACGCUUCGGCGACCCCGUGCCAAACACCCUCUGCGACGAGGUGAUGUACGCAUGGAAGCAUCCGGGCGGACGCCUCCGGUCGCCCCUCAACUCGCUCAUCUUCAAGCGCACGGGCGGCAGCGAUGUGCGCUGCCAGUACAAGUUCGUGACGGACAAGCGGCUGUACGCACGGGCCAUCAUCGAGGUGAACUCCGUGUCCUUCAAGGAGCUGCCGUACAACAGCAACGCGUGCACCAGGUGCCACGAGGAGCGGGUGGACAAGCUGGUCAUCUGGGAGGAGCGGGACAAGUAUCAGAACAAUCUCGCCUGCUUCUGCGACAACAUACCGCGGGCGGUGCGCGUCAUAUCGUCGGCGGAUCAGAUGAACCUCGAGAUGAUAGUCCAGGGCCAGCACGCCAUCACCUCCUACUUCAAGAACCCCAAUCCGCUCUUCGAGGCCACGUACGAGUUCGCCCAUGGUCCGCUGUGUGGUCCCAUUACCCUGGGCCCUUCGCCGGACGGUGAGCUGGUUUUCCCCUACAAGAAGGCCCUCGCGAUGGUGGCCGGACCGAUGGCUCCGCCCGAGCACCACUACCGCCGCGAGAAAUGCAUCUGGGAGCUGAAGGUGGCCGCCCAGCGGGACCUGUGGCUCAACCUGGAGAAGGCGCGUUUCGCCGAUCGCAGCUGUGAGAGCGCCAAGAUCGAGGUGUAUCUGGCUGGACGGCUGGAGCCGCGCUUUGUGGUCUGCCCGGAGAACAUAUCGAUGGCCAGGGAUCUGCCCAUCCUGACCACGGCCGAGCUGGGGGCCACCGGGGCCGACCAGGAGCCACUGCCCGUGCUCAUCCAGUACACGGGCGACGGUCAGCCAGGCCGCAACAUAUUCCGCCUGGUCUGGAGCGAGCUCUUCCACCUGCCGCGCAAUCCCGACGGCAGUCUGGCCGCCUCCCUCCUGCAGGACGCCGACUGUGACUUCCGCUGCCCGGGCAACACAGAGGUCUGCAUACCCCGCCACCUGCUCUGCAACGGAGUGGCCAACUGCCCCAAUGUGACGCACUCCUCGACGCUCGACCAGCUGACGCGUCACAUCGAGUGGAACCUCGAGCAGCUCGGCCUCCUGCACCACGCCGGCGACUACCGCCAGCUGGUGCUGCACGACGAGUCGCCAGAGAUCUGCCUGCGGCGGGACCUCAGCGAGCUGCCCUACGGAAAGCUCUCCCUCAUCGCCCUGGGCCUGUGCCUAAUGUUCGCCCUGCUCUUUGCCAUCUUGCGCCGCAUGUGCCAGAGGGCGCCCAAGCAGCCGGGCUUGCAUCAAUUGCAAGAGGAUUACUAAAUGGAAUUCUGACAGGUAUUUCAGAGUUGGUACUUUCUGGGAGAUUUUGUAAGGGAUUAAAAUGAGGGUGAUAGGAGUU